AGCGAUGAAAUUUUCCUCGCGGCAAAUCUCCAUUUCUCUAAUGUCUCACCGCCCAUUGGAAAUAAAGCCCUUUUAAGUUCUCCCACCGCUUCGAUUCAGCAACUAAGAAGCCAAGAAGAAGCUGAAAAAGAGAGGAGAGGUCGCUUGAUAGUCUUGCUAUCUGUAAAUCGGAGCGAAGAAGGAAGAAAAGAAGCGAUGGCGGGGGCAGCGGCGUCUUGGAACACCCUAAGCCUGAGCGCCCCUCCGGCGGUGGCGGCAGCAGCGGUCCGGGGGGCGGUGUCUUGGAACCCCUUGGCUCUGAAAGCCCCUCCGGCGGUGGUGGCGGCGGUCCCGCCGCACCGCCACCACCCUUCCAUCUACCCCGCCUCCAUCGGCGCCCCCACGCCCCCUUUCCAGAAAGCCCCGAUCUUGAGGAGCGCAGGGCGGCCACCGCUUGUCGCGGUGCCCUUCCGGCUCCGGGCGAUGGCGGACGACGAGGAGGGGAGCGAGGAGAGAGGGGAGGAGGAGGAGGCGGCGAGAGGAGUGGCGGUGGCGGAGGCGGAGGGGAAGGUGGAGCCGAGCGAGGUCGCGGAGCUGAAGCGGAAGCUGAUGGAUUUGCUGCGUGGGACGGACCGAGGGCUGAAGGCGUCGAGCGAGACGCGGGCGGAGAUCGUCGAGCUCAUCACCCAGCUGGAGGCCAAGAACCCUACCCCUGCUCCCACAGAGGCCCUCACCCUCCUCAACGGCAAAUGGAUCCUCGCGUAUACUUCGUUCUCGCAGCUGUUCCCGCUGUUGGGGUCGGGGAGGCUGCCGGAGCUGGUGAAGGUGGAGGAGAUAUCUCAAACGAUCGACUCUGAGAACUUUACAGUGCAGAAUUCGGUACAAUUUGCUGGGCCGCUUGCCACCACCUCCGUUACCACCAAUGCCAAGUUCGAAGUCCGAAGCCCCAAGCGCGUGCAGAUAAAAUUUGAGGAAGGCAUUAUUGGGACUCCACAGCUAACAGACUCCAUCGUUGUGCCCGAGAAGGUCGAGUUCCUGGGACAGAAUAUUGACCUCUCUCCUUUCAAGGGUGUGAUCACUUCAGUCCAGGAUGCCGCAUCAUCGGUGGCUAGGACAAUCUCCGGACAACCACCAUUGAAGAUCCCAAUCAACAACAACAAUGCACAGUCCUGGUUGCUAACCACCUACCUUGAUGAGGAGCUUAGAAUCUCAAGAGGUGAUGGUGGCAGUAUCUUCGUUCUCAUCAAGGAAGGUAGCUCUCUUCUGAACUAGAGGCACACUUACCAUUUUAGCUUUUUCAAAAAAGAGAGGUGUCCUCAAGCCAUGUUCAUGGUGUAUGACCAUAUUGUUUUCUGGUAGAAUAUAGCUUUUACAGAAUUCUAGUUUAUGGAUGUUAGUUAUAAGGAGCCGUUUGUGUUCUUUUCCCUUAUGUGUGCUUUGAUAUUAAAAUGUUGUGCAAUGAAAUCUUAAGAAUUUCUUUGUGAAUAAGGGGGAAAACUAGUGAGAAUUUCUAUCUGAAGUAUUGAUUUCGCACCC